AUGCCAUCGGUGCAGGUGCAUGCAUGCGGCGACCUGUGGCGAACGGGCACGCGUUGGGUACGAGCGAUGGAGUGCCAUCCCGCUGCCGUCCCACGCAGCUGGUGCAGCAGCCUUCAGGCCGUCCGUCUGGGCGGCAAGCGGCAGACGGCAGACGGCACUUGGAUUGCCAUCAGCCUGUCUCGUGUCUCGUCACCGCAAGCCAGGCCUGAGCCGGCCAAGAUUCCCUCUGGCCAUUUCGGACGGGCAGAGCAAUGGCGCCGCCGCGCGCUCAGCCCAUAUCCCUUGCCCGGGCACACCGCCGUCGCAGGCCUGGACCGUGACGAGCGAGCACGACGAGCACCGGCACCUCGACGAACCAAGCAAACGGGCCAGCAAACAGACGCCGGCCGGGGCCGCCUUUCGUGUCGGGCACGAGCAGCAAGUCGUGGCCUCAAGGUCGGAAUGUGCUCGGAAGGAAAAAAUGAAAAAUAA